CCGACGACGCCUUUGUCGCCGCCAACAUGUCGAACCCUCCGACUCAGACGUACCAGUUUCCGAGCAAGACAGUCCAAACAAAAUACCCCCUCAUCGACAAUGACCCACACUUCAAGCGCGUGAUUCGGUAUGCUCGGCCGUCCGACUAUGCACACGGCGCCGCGGCGGCGGCUGCUGGGCCAGCUCUGCUCUUCGCCAUGGAGAGGUUCGCCCCGUCGUAUGCUGGAAAGGGCGGGUUUGCCCAGGCGAUGCGUGUGACGAGCUUCAUGGGCCUCAUGGGUGGCUUCCUGUACUACUAUCAGCGCUCUAUCCUCCGGUUCUACGGCAUGAGCGAGAACGCCCGCGAGGUGGAGAUGGACAUGCGCGAGAUGGUCGACAGAGUCAAGGCUGGGUUGCCGUUGUACGGCGAGAGCAGGCUUUCACCUUCCAUGCAGGGUGUUGCGGCGCGCCAGUCGAGAUAUUCGGCGCUCUUUUUCGAUGUCCUCCCCUGGUUCAACUUUGUGAACCACAGCCAACACGGUGUCGACACAGCCAAGUACUACCAGCAGGCCGAGAGGGAAUUGGAGGCGGAGCGCCUGGCUAAGGGUGGGCGAUGAGUUGGAGCCGGUGAGUAGAUGGGUGGACGCGGCAUGGGAAGCGGGUGAUGGUAAGCUGGUGGCAGGCGACUUUGUGGAAACUAGGCGCCAGGUGUACAUAUGACCUCUAGACGACUGGCCUGCGCAGGCCUCGGGUCAGCACACAUUUAUUUUCUUACGUUAUCAAGCCACCAGUGCUCGAGCAUAUCGGUGCUGAGAGCCAAGGCAGGACCCUUCAGAGCUACGUCCCAGCUCAUCCUCGGGAGACAUUCUACUUACGACGAGAAUCUACAUGCGUUUCCCAUCAGUAACGCGCUAGCUCUCCCUUGAUUCCAGCUACCCGAGGCACUUCACUUCAAGGCAAGGUGCAGGUGCAAGGUAUUCAAUUCGCUAACA